CGCCCUUGUUCACAAAGAGGUGAACCUCGCCCCAUCUUUACUUGUGAAUGACUGAGCAAUUCAGGGAAGAUCCUUUUAUACCCAAUCAUGGCACCCACCUGUUCACCUGUGGGAUGUUCCAAACAGGUGUUUGAUGAGCAUUUCCUCAACUUUCUUUUUUGCCACCUGAUUCUAAGUUAAUGAUUAUUUGCUAAAAACAAAGUUUAUCAGUUUGAACAUUAAAUAUCUUGUCUUUGUAGUGUAUUCAAUUAAAUAUAGGGUGAACAUGAUUUGCAAAUCAUUGUAUUCUGUUUUUAUUUGUUUAACACAACGUCCCAACUUCAUUGGAAUUGGGGUUAUACUCUGGAACCAAAGCUCACCAUUUACUGAAAUGAGGGGCGUGAAGAUGGUUAGCUGUGUCACACAGCAUGAGAAAAAAAGAGGGGAACACACAGCCCUCCGUCACAGUCAUUGCUUCAACCUCACAGUCACUGCACCAAGAGUAAAAAGAAGGACCUCCAGAAGGAUUGAAUGUGACAGGCAGCCAGAGAGAUAAGAGAAAAUGCAACAAGUGCAGAAUUCACUGGGACAAUGAGCAAGUGAAGUGAAAGGUGUUUGGAGGAAAGCACAAUAGACCUACGCGCUCACGUUGCUUUGGACUUUCCCAACAGAAAAAGCACUGAUGGAAUUUGUCUAUCCUGAGGACUCCCAACCAUCAAACAAAAUGAACAGCUCUGCUGCCUCAUCUUUUUCACCCUUAUUAGUUCAUACUGUGAUUGCUCACAUUUAUGUGUUCACACUCUCAGCCACAUCUCCUCCCACAUCCCCCAUUCUAAUCUCCUCUAUGGCCACUUCUAACCCAACUAUAUGUUCAUUAGAUGAUGCAGCCCUCCGUCUGCUACUAGCUGUUCUCUAUUCUCUUUUGUUCCUCCUUGGCCUAGUGGGUAACCUCUUUGCCUUGUGGGUCUUCCUUUUUGUUCACGCCAGCCGCAACUCUGUACGUGUGUUCCUCAUCAACUGCGCAGUGGCAGACCUGGUCCUUCUGGCAUGCCUGCCCUUCCGGAUCUUCUACCACUUUAAUGGAAACCACUGGCUACUGGGACAUGUGGCCUGCAAACUGGUGGGAAAUCUGUUCUACAUGAACAUGUACAUAAGCAUCAUGCUACUGGGGCUCAUCAGCCUGGAUCGUUAUUUGAGGCUCAAAGGGAAGGGCAGAGUGAGGAGAGGUUUGGGGAUGCGACUGUGGGGGUGUAGUUGGCCGUGGAGUUGGGUGGCAUGUGGAACACUGUGGGGCUCGUCUCUGGCAGCAUUGGUUCCCAUGAUUGCUACUGCGGAGGACAAAGAGGACAACCACAAAUGCUUCCAAUUCAAGCAGCGGCGGUUCGCCAGAGGGAAAGCAUACUUUAAUGUUGUGCUGGUGGGAUUGUUCUGGCUCGUCUUCCUCAUACUCAUGGUGUCGUAUGCCAAGAUUGCCUACCGGUUAAUAAAAGUGUCACGGGACAAGCCAGAACUUCCAAAUGCACUAAGAUAUGUACGUACUGCAAAGAAAUCCUUUUUUGUCCUCUUCCUGUUUACCCUUUGUUUUGGUCCUUACCACACCUUUCGGCCCAUCUAUAUUCUCGCCCAGCUUAAUGCGACAGCAUCCUGUGACUACUUGCGUGUGGUAGAUCUCAUCAACGAGGUCAUGCUGUUAUUCUCUGCCUUUAACAGCUGUUUGGAUCCUGUCAUGUACUUUCUUUUGUCUGGCUCAGUGCGCAAAACUGCCCUCCAUGCGCUUGAAAACAGACUUGGCAAUCGGCUUUUCUUCCAAAAUGAAGCCACAACCAACAGCUCAACAACAGAGUUCCGAAGGCCUUCAGUACCUUUGGGUUUACCAAGAACUGUGGACUGAGUCUUUCCCAUAGGGGUUGACAUUUCUGUUUCUUCAUGUUAAGUCACAAUAUUAAUGUAUUCUUCAUGUUGAGUCAAAAUAUUAAUGCAUCUGUAAGUUUAACACACAUGCUGACAAAUUGGUUUUCUCACUGAGGUGAGUUAAGAAACCACCAGGAAAUCAGAUUAUAUUAACACCAUCAAGUGGGUGGUCAAGUGCCCGCUGUGUCUGUUAAGUGCCGGAUUCAGGAAUGCUCCAUAUGGUCCGGGUGUGAGUGUUACACAAGUUAGGGGUCUAAUCUGGUGAGAGUCAUUGUUAUAGGCCAGUAAUUCUUAAAGUGUGGUAUGUAGGACCCCCUUCUGGUGGUACGGGAAAUGAUCAUUGAAUAUUGUCACACUUGCAACACUGCAGUUGUAUUGUUCAUAGGUUCUGCAAUUUCCGAUUUUCUGGGAGGCCAUGAAGGUAACCAAACGAGUGUAAUUUGUGAUUGGCUGGGAGAGUCGAGGGGCAGGGAGAGAGCGAGUGUGUGUCCAUUCAGACACUGACGGUUACAGGA